GAGCGCGUUUUUGCAAGCGGCGUCUCGGUUUCCAGUCGCGGCGCGUCUCGCUCGGCUGCUGGUGCUGCCGCGGCUGCAAUACGGUGCGGGAGGCGGAAAAAGCCCCCAGGAAGGACUCCCGGUGGGGGCUGGCGUCCUUUUUUUGGAAAUCCCACCGCUUCGUUUCCCAAUCGGAUUGCGGGGUCUGCAGCGAAACCUAAAGAGGAGGCGAGCGAUGGAGCGCCUUUGGGGUUUCCGACCACCCCGUUCCCUUUCUUAAGGACUGUUUCUGCACAAAAGGGGUGUGUGUGUGUGUGUUUAGCCGCGGUCCUCAAAAGGUCAUCGGCGCGUGGGAAUAACAAGAAGGGCUUGCACAAGAAGAGCCCGGGAUUCUUCUGCCGGGAGCAGUUUUGCUUGGGGGGAAAUUUCUCCUCUCCCCCCCACCCUUCCACGAGUUGAGAAGUUUGCAAUUUGGGUUUCAUGGAGCUGCGAUUCCUGAUACUUUGGGGACUUACAAUUACAUCAAGCACAGUCUUCCUGCUUCCAAUCUCUCACCCCUUGCUGUCCCCGGGUGGUGGCAGCAUCCGUGGGCUGAGGUCUCCGGGGCUCCGGGAGCAAGAGAGUGAAGAAAACGAGAUACCGACAGGGGAGCUGUUAUCUACCUGGAGCAGCAAUGCUAGCGGCACAGCAGAAGUGGCUGGCCUGGGAGACGCACACCACCGAGCCAAGCGCUGUACUUGCUACACCUACAAGGAUAAGGAGUGUAUUUAUUACUGCCACCUGGAUAUCAUCUGGAUCAACACGCCAGAGAGAAUUGUUCCAUAUGGGCUGACUAACUACAGGGGCAGCUUCCGAGGCAAGAGAUCGGCGGGGCGACAACAUACAAGCACACGCUCAUCAAAAUGGCCUCAGUUGCGCUGCUCUUGUACAGACAGAUGCGACAAACAGUGUAUGCGUUUUUGCACAAGGGCCCAGGGCAGCCAAUGUAAUAAGGAGCUACUGAACAGCAUGGCAGAAACAAAGUCCCAUCAAGAAGAAGACCACAUCCCUACUCAGUAGCCCUAGAGAAUUCAGCUGCUUUGCAGUGGAGAGGUGGCGCUUCAUGCAGUUUGGUGUAUGUGGAAACUCUGCAGAUUUACGACUUGGGAAUCGUCCUCCUUCCACGCUACCAAGCAAACUCCCUUAAUAUCCGAGCAGCUGGACAACGCCUUUACCAUGUAGGCCCAAUGACUACUCCAUUGUGUCUUCUUACCAAAGAUGUGAAGGCAAGAAGAUAUGACCUAUGACACAAAAUUCCUCCAAGGUGGACAGUGGUGGCCGGAUUUUCAAACGGAUUACGUGGAAGUAGAUGCUACCUUUUUCACGGACUGAUGCCCUCUGGAAGGUGAAGAAUUCUCUUUCCUUGAUGAUGCCGUACUGUUCCGUGCUGUUCUGGUGAGAGAGUCUUCUACCAUCACACAGAACCCAGUGACUAUUUUGGUCUGUUUUGGAAAAAAAAGAACUCUGUUGUGCUGUUCUUGACAAGGCUCUACUAAAAAAGACAGAGGGAAAAAAAAUACUGUUUCACAUGCUUGUUUUCUAUGUUUAUUGUGAAUGUCUAAUGUUCUUCCGGCAGUUGUCAAGGGAGAGAUUGGUACAUUAGGAAAAAAUAGGUUAUUUUGUUGUCACUUUUAUAUGCACAUACAAACAAAUCCCUUUUUUUAUUUUUCUAAUCUUAUGCAAGCUUUUUAUUUUGUAUUGUAUAUUCAGUGACCAAAGAAUUUAAAUAACAAAAUAUCUAUGCAGAUCUAAAUAUGAAUGGCUAAUAUUAAUAUCACUAUAAACAUAUAGCAAGCUAACAGUGUACUGUGAGCGUGUCAUAGACUAUUGGUGUUUGCACUGGAGUUGUUAAACUAGGUCUACAAGCUGCUCGGAGCUUAUUGGGUAGAAGUUGACAGAGACGUCGUCGUGAGUGGAGUCCCCGUUGAACUGUCAGUUUCUUGUUUAUGAAAAGCUGAUGUGCCAUUUGCUAAGCUAGAUUUGAGUCCUGGGAGACAAACAAGAUGUAUAGGAUACAAGCAGUGGUGGGAUUCAAAUAAUUUAACAACCAGUUCCGUUGGUGGGAUUUAAAUAAUUUAACAACUGGUUGUUUACAAGCACCAUUUUAACAACUGGUUCUGCCAAAGUGGUGCGAGCCUGCUGAAUCCCACCACUGGGUAUAAGCUUGUGAGAUAAUAAUGACAGGACAGUAAUGCUAGGAAAAGACGGUAAAGGCAAUAAUGUUAGGAAAUGUCAAAGGCCCAACAUGAGACCCAACAUGAGAUUGAUUGACUCAGUCAAGGCCUUUGGUCUGCGAGAUCUGAGCAAGGCUGUUAAUGAUAGGAUGUUUUGGAGGCCAUUAAUUCAUAGGGUCGCUGUAAAUUGGAAGUGACUUGACACACAAACAAGCAUUCAAGAGUUAGGGGACUUUCUUGAAAAUUUAAAAUCUGUAAAUUUUGUUGGUCUCUAAGGUGCUACAGGACUCUAAUCUACUACUGCAGACCUGCAGGGCUAUCCUCUGAUACUACAUUUGCCAAGAAUAUUCAAAACCAUUAUUAGCCUGUAAUUCACACUGCUGAAUGGGCUGGAUGCGAAUAAAACAGAGGGAAAUAUCAGUGGCUGAUGAAAGUAGUUCACUAUUGAAGAACAGGCAGUGCCGAAUUUGUUUUGGUGGAACCAGAUGGGCCGGAGGGAUCUUUUUUUGAAUAAAUUGAAGGCAUGUUUGACUUAAGAAGACUCCAGGAGAGAAAUUCAUCUAGUGUUUGUCGAUCAAGAGGAAAAGAAAUUAAACAAUUAAAGGGUUGUUUUACUGGCAAAGUUUGUAAAGCAAAGCAUUGAAAACCUCUCACAAGAUUCUCCAUUUCAAAACAACAGCACCUGCGUGAUAUUUUUCUGCUAAAAUUAUGUCGUACUGGAACACAUCUUUGGAGGCCGCAGUAAAGACUUUAUGAACACUUCUUGAACCAGAGUGAAGACACGUGACGUCUUGGGCUUAUUGCAACCCCUCCCCCCAAAUAUAAAGUUCUUAAAGAGGUAAUGGACAUUGUUUGGAACAAGAAAGGAAGAGAUGUUUGUCAAAGUGUAUAUGUAUAUAUUUUAUAUAUAUAUAUAUAUAUAAAAUUAUAUGAAUAUAUUACAUAAAUAAAUUAUUCUACUUAUAAAAGUAAA